GUAAGAUUGUUUCGUUUUGUUUUUAUGGUACUUGGUGAAGUUGAAGUUAAGUUAACAUUAAACUGUGACUAAUAAUUAUAAUUACAUAUCUAUAGCGUUUUAAGUUAGCUGCAACACAUUCUAUAAUGAAGGACAUUCCCAAAGAUUUUGCAACACCUGAGAAACAAGAAGCUCGAGCUUUCUUGCGAGAAAGAUUCCUUAGAGUUAUCACCGGUAUAACAGACAAGGACUGCGAAAUUCAACUCUUUGAUAACACAACGGCGUCAGCUAAGUUUGGUGGCUGUGACUUGGAUGCAUUCCAGAUUUUUGUUAAGGACUUGACCCAACCUUCUUCACAGACCGCUCCUCAUGCACUAAUAAGGACUACUGACAUUCUAAGUAUUGAGGUACCAAACGCAACAUAUCAGAAGUUGAUAGACCCUACUAAAGAACAGAAUGGAACAGCAAUGGAAGUUGAAGCUGUGUGAAUUGGAAUAGAAUACCUGAAUGUCAUUUAUUUGAAUUGUGAGCGUUCCUUUAGGUUAUUGAUGUUUAAUGUGUAAAUGUGAUUCCAAAAAUACAAUCUUUUAUAUACUUAAAAUA